AUGUCGAAGAACGUCUUCUCCUUUCUCCGUUUGUUUGUGCUCCUGAUUGGCUUUGCCACUAUUUGCUUAGGAGCCUUUUGCAUCUCUACAAAUUCCUCUGUAUGCAAGUGCAAUACCUUGCCUAUUUCCUAUUUUCUGUUACCCUUGGGGUUCUUACUUCUCAUCUCUGGGAUCUUCUGGAGCACUUAUCACGAGGCCAGCAAGCACAAGACCUUAUUCCACAGCAUUAUUCAGGGAAGUCCCAGACUUCGAGAUAGUCACAUCAAUACAAUAGACAGGCCUGACUUUUACCCUCCAUCUUACGAAGACAGUACUGAUCCUGAAAAGCAGACUUUUCCAGUGCCAGUCUCCCCACUGGAACGAGAAGAUACUUACAACAUACCUCCACCUCUGUAUACAGAGAGUAGCCUUGAAUUCAUUGAGGAAGCCAACUCUCAGGAACAACUGCCACCUUCGUAUGAAAUAUCUGUGCAGCAGCAAGCUCCAGAGCGUGACUCAACACUUGAAGAGACUUCUACUGCACCUGUGCCAGAGACCAACUGCUAA